AUGACCCCACGGUCACCCAAAUCAAAUAAGUCGACCACCAUCUCACGCAGACUUAGAUCCAGAGCUAGCCAGCAUCUCUCCAUACAGCCGCCCGAGCUCCCUCAGAUUCGCAACUUGCGCUCCCGCCGCGCCGCAACAGCAGCAGCAUCCUCCAGGAAUCCCCCCGCUGGACAGCUAUCCGCCAUAUCUGUCACUUCGCGACCAGAGCCCCAUCACGAGGCUGCCUGGGAUCCUCCAGAGCUCCCACAGUCCUUUCAACGUGUCCGAACCUCACACUCGACAGUAUACGAGCCCCACCUCGAGUCGCAUUCAAAUUCGCUGCUUUCCCAGCCCAUCGACUCGUACAGCUCUGAACAGCUUCCUCCGCCAACCCUAUCUUCCUACAACACCGAGGCACGCCAGUACCAUAUUCAGGCAUCACCAGCGCCAGACCUCCCUUCACUCCAGCUUUCCCAGUUCUCAGAGCACCCCACUUCCGGUGAAUUCGAUCUGCGCCUUGCAGCAGGCCCCGGCCUUCAAUCCAACCAGCAAGUGGAUUUACAGAAUAUGAGUGCUAUUGACUUCAUGGUUCCUUCGCAUUACGGUUCCAUGGAUCAGUACGGUUCUUCCGCCCCGCUAGACUCUCACAGCUACCAAAUGCGACAGCAGUCACAAUCAUCGGCAGGAUACGCUCCAGCCUAUGUCUCGAGUCCGCCAUUACGGAGUCAGUCAGGUCGGUCAGAGGCGGGGAUGCCACCAUACCAAUCAACUUCAAUACCUCGUUCCCCUUACCAGCAGCCACUCGGACCUAUGCGCGGAAGUCCAACACCAAUGUCAUACCCCCCAGGAUCAAGCGACUCAUCUGCAAUCAUCGGCACUCCUCCAGCACAUUCAUACGGUUAUCCUGCAAUGCAACCCACCCUACCAAACCAGCCUAUCAGCUCACUGGGAAACCACGGGUCUAGCUAUCCACCAGCCGACGCAUACCCUCCAACUAGCUACGAGAUGGCCUAUGGGUCUCUCCCCACAACCAUGUACCCACCUUCAGCAACGCCCGCCUACUCCUACGACCACAUGGCGCAGCCCAAUCCCGCAGCAGGCGGCCUGUCCUCCUCGCCGGAGCAGCGUAACGUACGUGUACUCAACCAACGGCCCAAGCCGCAGUGCUGGGAACACGGCUGUAACGGACGGCAAUUCUCAACCUUCAGCAACCUCCUACGGCACCAGCGCGAGAAGUCUGGAACGGCGGCGAAGAGCUACUGCCCUCGGUGCGGCGCUGAAUUCACGCGCACGACGGCGCGCAACGGACACAUGGCCCACGAGAAGUGCAAGUCCCGGCGGCCGUCCGACGCAAGCCAGUAA